UCUUCCCCUCUCACUGUGCUUCUUCAGCCCACACUGACCUGACCUGCAGAAGUGAAACAACCGGGCCGGAGCCGCAGUCCACCGCGCUUCCCGUUCAGGAACGCCUUUACAUCCCGACAACAACAACAAUAACAGCGAGCACACUAUCACAGAAUGGCACUGGACAUGGCUGACUCACAGUAUCUCCUCAUCCUGGCACCGACGCUGGUCAUCGCUCUCAUGUUCCUCUUUUUCUGGCUCUUCAUGAAAGAGACUUCUUAUGACGAGGUUCUGGCACGCCAGAAACGAGACCUGAAACUGCCUCCCACCAAACCUGAUGUUCGUAAAAAGAAUGAAAAGAAGAAGAACAAGAAGAAGGAGAGCGGUGGAGGCGGCGCGGGUGGAGGAGGUGGUGAGUCGGAGGAAGACCUGAGGGAUUUCGAUACAUCUGAUGCCACUAGCCCGAUCAAUGAUGAGGAUUCUGAGCACUACCCUGUGAGUCCCACCUGCUGCUCCGGGUCCAGGCAGAACCUCCGUCUGGGGAUAAGAGAGAGAAAAAAGAAAGAGAAGAAGCCUAAAUCUUCUCCGACUGCUGCCCCAGCUGUUGUACCAAUGGUUGUACCCAUUACACGUACCACCCCAACUACUCCUGCUUCAGAAGAACCAGAAGUUAAUGGCUCCAAAUCCGCUGUCCGUAAAGAGCAGCCUCCGCUUCUGACCAAGCAGUCCAGCCCACCAAAAUCUAAGGCGUCACCCCCUGUCCCCUCUGAGACUACCAGCAAAAAGAAGGCCAAGAAGCAGAAGAGUGAAUCUGAAGAGCAUCCACCCGAGGUCAAGCCUGAUCCGUCUCCUCCUGUGGUGAAGAAGGAAGAGCCUGUGAUCACGGAGGUGAAGGUACAGGAUGGAGCCGCCCCUGUUUCCAUCGCGGCUCCACCAACCACCUCUAGCAGCAGUGGGCGUCGGAAGAAGAAGCAGAAGGUGGAAGCUGCCGUCACAGUGGACGAGGCUCAUGUUCAAUCCUCCGCUCCGGUCACUCAGAUGGGCUCCGCUACCCCAACAAACCACCAGAACAACCAAAACAAUGACACUCCGCCUCCUGCCCCAGCACCCACCAAACAUGGCAAGAAACAGAAGAGUGAAACCAAUAAAGAGAACUCUGAGGUGAAACUUAAGGAGCUUCUGGCCAGUCUUGGUGGACUCGUGCUGUCAGAUUCUGAUGUGGUCAGUCUUGUCUCACUGCUUCGAGACAAGAGUCCCAAUGCUCUGGACAACUGGUAUAAGUCUACAGCUAAAUUUGAGCCCACCGCCCAGCAGCUGGCAGAGAAAGAUCGUCUUCUGAACACAUUACAGGAGGAGGCAUCCAUCGCCAAGGGCAAAGUCAAACAGUUAAACCAGGAGCUGCAGGCUGAGAAGCAAAAGACGGGCCGUGUGGAGUCUGUGCUGCAUGAGCAUCGUGUUGCCAGAGAUAAAGACAUCAUGCAGGCUAAAGCUCAGAGCUACCAGGAGAUGCAGAUUAAGUUUCAGCAGAUAAGAGAACAGCUGGAUGGUCAGAUCGCUCGACUGCAGCAGGAAAAUGGUAUUCUGAGAGAUGCAGUGGAGAGAUGCUCUACCACCAACCAGAUGGAGACUAAGCAGUCGUCUGAGCUGAAUAAACUGCGUUCAGAAUACAACGGCCUGAUGAAAGAGCUAGCAGAGACCAAAAACAAGCUUCAGCAGGAAGAGUUGCAGCGGAAGGGUCUAGAAGUGAACUACAAGCAGAAUGUGUCCCAGCUGGAGGAUGCCAAACAUCGUUGGGAAGAUCUGCAGAACUAUUUGCACAGCGUGAAUGCAGAGAGAGAGAAGAUUCAAUCAGAGCUGCAGAAUCAGGUGAUGGUAGCGGAGAGCGAGAUAACCAGUAAGAACAAGGAGAUCCAGAGUCUCCACAGCAGCCUGAAGGACACGCUGAUGUUCAAGGAUCAGGAGCAGCAGAAGGUUUUGCAGCUGGAACAGCAGGUUCGGCAGCUGCUAGAGGCCUCGCAGCGCUCCAUGCAGCCCGAUGACCAGCUACAGGAGAAAGUCCAGGAUCUUCUAAACGAAAACAAAACACUGAAGGUUCAGAUUGAUAAUCUUCAGACUCAACUCAACACUCAGGCUACGACAGUAUCACAUUUUGAGGAGCUUCAAAAACUUCUGGCUGAGAAAGAGCUGCAGAGGAAGAGUCUAGAAGAUUCCCUCAAUGCUGAGCGGAGCAGCGGCGCCAGCAGGGAGACCAACAUGCAGGCCAUGCACAAUGAGAACCACACACUGAAGGCUGAGCUCCAGAAUCUGCAGGCACAGAUUUCUGAGAAGGUUGUAUCUGUGGAUCAACUUCAGCAGAGUCUUCAAAUACGAGAUGAGAAGACUAGAACGGUGGAGAACUUGCUGGAGACCAGCCUCAUUCAGGUGGCCAAUAAGGAAGAUGAACUGAAGGUGGUAAGAAAUGAGUGUGAAGGUUUGAAACAGCAGCUAGAAGCAGUACAGAAACAGACAACAGAACAGACGGCGUCAGAAAAAGCAUUAGAAGAUCUACAGCUAAAGAUUCAAAAAAAGGAUGAACAAAUCCGAUCGGUUGAGGGAAGUUUGCAGUUAGCAGUGAACAAAGAGUCUGAAAGAAAGAAGGUAGUGGAGGAUCUACAGCAGCAGGUGGAGGUUUUAACCGCUGAACUUGCCCAUCUGAAAACUCAGGAGUCAAACUCAGACUUGAGGGCUAAACUCCAGGGACUUCACGCUCAGUUAACAGCCAAAGAUCAGGAUGUUGAAAGACUCCAGAGAGAAUUGGAGAAAGAAAUGCAACAGAAGCAGCAAACCGUUUCAGCAGCUCCCAGUCAGGAAUUAUUAACAGCGCUGGCAGAGAAGGAAAAGCGGUUAUUUGAGGUUCAGGAAGAGCUCCUUGAGUUGAGGGAAUCUGUGGAGCUUCAUCGGAAGAAGAACAAUGAGCUACGGGAGAAAAACUGGAGCGCUAUGGAGGCGCUGUCAGCCACCGAGACCAUACUUCAGGGAAAACUCACCAAGAGCGCCAAGGAGCAUCAGACUGUGCUGGAGUCAGUGGAGGCAGAAUGCAGAGCGUUGUUGCACAGACUCCUGCCACACGUACCGCUGCCCAGUGACCAGAACCACCAGCAGUGGCUGCAGAAGUUCGAGGUGUCCCUGAGAGAGAGCUCGACUGGAGAAGUGUCCUCUGGAGAUGCUCAGGUUUUAGCAGAAAAGUUGAAGGAGGCUGAGGAGGCCCAGAAGGUUCUACAGAAAGAUUGCGAGACGUACAAGAAAGUGUUAGCGGAGACGGAAGGGAUCCUGCAGAGGCUACAGAGCAGUGUGGAGCACGAGGAGACGCGCUGGAGGGAGAAGCUGGACCUCUCACAGGCUGAGCUCAAAGAGAUGACUCAGAGGGUAAUUGCACUGGAUCAGGAAGUGGACAGACUGAGCUCAGAUGCAGAUGUGGAGAGUCUAAGGAGAGACAAGCAGCAGCUGGAGUCUGAGCUGGAUCGAGCGGAGCGUGAGAGCGCCAUCUACGUCUCGGAAGUCAGAGAGUUAAAGACUCAGCUGACAGAGACGUUGUCUAAGCUGGAGACGGAGGAGAGCGAGCGACAGAAAGUGGCUGGAGAUCUUUAUAAGGCCCAGCAGUCCCUGGAGUUGAUUCAAGAAGAGAUUGUAAAACAAGCCGGCGAAGCUGACCUGAUAGAGACCAGCGGACUCACACAGACGGAGGAAAUUGCCCGUAAGGAGAAGAUGACUGCAGGGUUGAAUCAGACAGUACAGGAACUACAGGAACUACUUCAGUCUGUUAAUAGACAGCUUACCAAGGGACAUGAAAGGGAUGAUGGGGAUAAAUUAUACUCCAAUUAUAAACUGUAAUGAAAAAAAACACACGACAGUGCGCUCUGAUAAAGCCACAAGACUUCAUACCAGAAAAACCAUCAGAUUUCAGCCCUGUUUACUACUCCUGCUCAAUCAGCUGGUCUCCAGUUAAACCAGUCCAGACACACUCCAAACCUGCUGUCCAACCCUGACUAUGAAGACGUGAACUCAGUGAACCGGAUCCUUCCUCGUGGCAUUCCUCAUUUUCAAUAGAUAAAGGCAUCCGCUAGACGACACGGUUAGACUCGUUCAUGUUCUGUUCCACGCUUUUUCAGUCCCGAUACUUUGAUACUACUUAUUUUUGUUCUGUUAGCUCUCUUUGACCAGAGAGGUUUUUAUCCUUUCGUAUAAAGAACAUUGAGGAUAUUUGUGUUGUUUUAAAUGAUAAUAAUAUAACUGUUAGGAUCUACUGACGCUCACUUAUGUGUUUUCAGCUCUUGCUUUGAAACCCUGAACUCAGAGGCACAUGCGAAAGAUCAGUUUAAACCAAUAAAUGCUUUUCCUGACUAAUGAUGCCGAAUUUAGUGAUUGUUUUCCUGGGGAUGUCUGUGAUAUGCGGGUUGAGUCUGCGCUAAACGCCAUAGCAAGGAAUUGUUUCAAAUGCUGCUCAGACAAAGGCAUCCUCCUCCUCAUUUGUUUUCAUCACAAUCUAUAUUCAUGCUAAUUUCAUUAACACUGUUAUUAUUAUUUUUUUGUAAAACAGGAGAGCGGUAAUAAAAGGGAUGCUUGAUUAAAA